CUUAUAAUAAUAACCACCACAAAUUUUGUGUCACUGCUUCUGAUAAUUAACGCAACACAUCACCGAACACUACCCACUCAACUCACUCCAACCAUGGCGUCGUGGUGGUGCUCCUCUCCCUCCGCCACACUCACCGUCGCCGCCGCCGCUGCCACCACUGCCACCUGCCACUCCUCUCUCAUUCCUCACACUUCCCAAUUUCGCAUCCAAACCCUCACAUUCCCACUUUCUUCCUUUCCCCUUUCCACCACCGCUUCGUCUUCGCUCCGAUUUAGGCUUCCAUGCUCCAACAAAACCGCCUUCGAAACCGAGCUUCCGGAGGACGGCGUGGAUUGCGUGGGAACAGGCCAAGACGUGGAGUGCCUCGUUAAUACCGAAGAGAAACAAUCCGAACCAACAUCAUCAUCAUCAUCAUCAUCGAUGCUGUGUCUAGCGGAAGCGUUAUGGGAAGGAGCGGUGUUGGUGUCGCCGUUCUUCUUCUGGGGCACGGCCAUGGUGGCGAUGAAAGAAGUUCUUCCCAAAUGCGGCCCUUUCUUCGUUUCCGCUUUUCGCCUCAUUCCGGCGGGCUUUCUUCUCGUCGCAUUCGCCGCUUCCAGAGGUAGAUCUCUCCCCUCUGGCUUCAUCGCUUGGCUUUCCAUCACCCUAUUUGCUCUCGUCGAUGCCACUUGCUUUCAGGGUUUUCUUGCGGAAGGGUUGCAGAGGACUUCAGCUGGUUUGGGCAGCAUUAUAAUUGAUUCGCAGCCUUUGACUGUGGCUGUACUUGCGGCUUUGUUAUUUGGUGAGUCAAUCGGAGUUGUUGGAGCAGCUGGGCUUGUACUUGGUGUCAUAGGACUUGUACUACUCGAGUUACCAGCCCUAUCAUUUGAUGAAAGCAACUUCUCACUAUGGGGAAGUGGUGAGUGGUGGAUGCUUCUUGCAGCUCAGAGUAUGGCAGUUGGCACGGUCAUGGUCCGGUGGGUCUCCAAGUACUCUGAUCCUGUCAUGGCGACUGGAUGGCAUAUGGUUAUUGGUGGUCUCCCACUUGUGCUAUUCGCAGUUCUUAACAAUGACCCUGCAUUGAGUUUGAGUCUUAAAGAGUACAGUUCAACUGAUAUAUUGGCACUCCUCUACACAUCCGUUUUUGGAAGCGCAGUCAGCUAUGGUGUGUUCUUUUAUAGUGCAACUAAAGGUAGCUUGACCAAGCUCAGUUCACUUACGUUUUUGACCCCAAUGUUUGCUUCAAUUUUUGGGUUUCUCUAUCUUGGUGAGACCUUCUCUCCGGUACAACUAGUUGGGGCCUUAGUCACUGUGGCCGGAAUAUACAUGGUUAACUUAAGAAGCACAUCUGAAUGAAUUGUCAUUUUUGCCUGGUUCUUUCAACCUAAUGCAAUGGAAAACAACUCGGGGAAUUAGAUGUUUUCCAUGAACUCAAAUUGGGAAUGCCAUAAGCAAGUUUGGACAUGGGGAGGAAGAAUUUGAGUGAUAUACAACUUGGGGCCCUUGUGCUCAUGCUUUGUAGUGUAAAUACAAUUUUGUUGUUAGUAAUUUAGGCCUCGAGCCUCUUCCUAGGUAAUAUAUACCAAAAAACUUGGAAGUUACCUGGGCAGAACACAAGCCUUAUAUCGGAAUAAAUUGUUUCCGUAAAGGUUUUUUUGUUGUGUAAGAUGGCUUAAGUGUUACACAUUAUGACUGAACAAAAUGUAUAUAUUAUGACUGGUUUAUGGCAAGUUUCGUGUAUAGUAAUCUGUUAUGAAAGAAAUAUACAUCUCGGGCCAA